AUGGAAGAUACCGCAAAAGAACAGGAUUAUCCUGGCGCUGAGGACAUGUCAGAAUCCGAAGAAUCUCCCGGAAAAUUGAAAGGGGAGAUAGAAGCAAAACAGAUGGCUCAAGCAGAAAAGGCGAGAGCCAUCCGCAAAGCAUGUGCAAUGCGCGACGUGGAAGCUUUAGCUGUGCACGCAACUUCAGCAGGCGGGUUACUCGAAGACGACUUGAGACAGAUAGCUUGGCCUAUCUUGCUACGAUGCGACGAACAAAGGCAGCAAUUUGAUAUGGUCCCAAGCAAUGAACUUUUACGACACGCCGAUGAAGAACAGGUAGAACUUGAUGUCAACCGGUCGUUCGUCUAUUACCCAAAAGCUCCUGAGGAGGAAAUGUUGAAAAAGAAAAAGCAGCUGUCCAAUCUCAUUACUCAAGUACUAAGAGAAUACCCCAUGCUUUGUUAUUUCCAAGGAUAUCACGAUAUAGUUCAAGUUCUUCUCUUGGUACUGGGCGAGAAGCAAGCCUUGCCAGCAGUGGCGCAGAUAUCUCUUUUCCGCAUACGUGACUACAUGUUACCAUCGUUGUCCCCAGCUGUGAAGCAUCUCCAUCUCAUCCCUGCAAUCAUUGAGACAACAGAUCCCGAGUUAAGACGACACCUUGGCAACAUUGAACCAUUCUUCGCUCUCGCAGCUACACUGACACUAUACGCUCAUGAUAUUCAAGAGUACAGCAACAUUUCACGACUUUUCGACUUCCUUUUAGCUCGGGAACCCGUGGUUGCAAUCUACCUCUUCGCAGCAAUGAUCCUGUCUAGGAAAAAAGAGUUGCUUGAAAUUCCAGAAGAUGAGCCCGAGAUGCUUCAUUUUACGCUUUCCAAGCUACCUUGCCCACUUGAUCUAGACGGGCACAUUCUGCAUGCGGCGCGGCUCUUUGACGACCACCCGCCAGAAUCAUUGCCGCUUGGAGCCUGGAAACACAUUCCCUGGUGCAGCGUGCUCAAAACUUCAAGAGACCAACAUGGAAAGUACACCACAUCUUCUGCAGUGUACUUGUUUGAAAAGCAAUCUCAACAGAUUCGGUUUGAAGAGCGCAGGAAACGGGCUCUGGAUUUCUUGUGGAGCCACCGUCGGUCCGUGGGUUCUGUGGCGUUGGCUAUUUUGGUUGGAGCCGCAUCUUUUUACAUUCGCAAAAAGGGACUCGACACCUCAACUUGGUCUUAUGUUGGCCGAAUUCAAAGGGCAAUCCAAAACUGGGUUUAA